AUGGAAUUGUUAAGAGAUUCUAUGGUGAAAUUAUGGUGUGACUGUCCCUUCUGGCCUGACGACGGCAUGUGCGAGUUGCGGGGCUGUAGUGCAUGUGAAUGCCCAGAAAGUGAAUUCCCUGAAUCAUUUAAGAAGCCACAUGGCUUCUCAAUGAAUGAUCUUGUUUGUCAAGAAGGUAAACCUCAGGCAGCUGUUGACCGUACUUUAGUCAGUAAAGUUUUCAGCGGAUGGAUAGAAAUAGACAAUCCAUGGACAAAUGACAAUGAGACUGACAACGACGAGAUGACAUACAUGAAUCUUCAACUAAAUCCUGAAAGGUAUACUGGUUACACUGGUUCUUCUGCAAGAAGGAUAUGGGAUGCUGUCUGCUGUGAGAACUGCCCCAAAUUGCAUUGAUGGAUUGUAUAGGAUGUGAGAAGUGUCGAUUAUGGGGUAAGCUUCAGGUUCUUGGUCUUGGAACUGUAUUAAAGAUUCUCUUCUCUGUUGAUGGUCAAGACAACUCAAGUCAAACAAAUCUGUCAAAUUUUUCCAUGAAGUGGGACCUGCAGCUGAUGGUGUGAUGGAAGGACAUGUUUCUGCUCAUAAAACAUUGAUUAAAGCAUGGAAAAAAAUUUGGUCCUUUGUAGCUAAAAC